AUCAGUCGUCAGAAUCCAUUUUUCCCCGCUUCAAAACUAAAAUAAUUCCUGAUUUCCCCCAAAAUUUCGUCUACCCCCCCAUCCCCAGCCUACCCCACGCAUAUUUGGAAAAAACACAAAGAAUAAAGCCCCUCAUCAGUCUUGUUUAAUUAUCUUCAACAAUUGAUAUUCUUUUUUCCACCGGAAAACAUUUUCGUGUCAGGGAAUUGAUCGGAAAUGGUUUCCCCGGAAAACACCAACUGGCUUUACGAUUACGCGUUUGAAGAUAUUGCUGUGCCUGAUGGGAAUUUUCCAGCUUCAGCUUCAGGGUUUAAUUGGCCCGUGCAGACCUUGAAUGGUUCAUCAAAUGUUAGUGUGGAGAUUGAUGGCUCGCUUGGGGAUUCAGAUGGCCCAAAGGAAACUGGCUCCAGAAAACGGCUAAGAACUGAAUCAUGCGCUUCAACAAGUUCCAAAGCAUGCAGGGAGAAACAACGGAGAGAUAGGCUAAAUGACAAGUUUGUGGAAUUGGGGGCUCUGCUUGAUCCUGGAAGGCCUCCCAAAACAGACAAGGCUGCCAUUCUGGUUGAUGCUGUUCGAAUAGUGACUCAGUUGCGUACUGAAGCCCAGAAGCUGAAGGACUCAAAUCUAAGUCUUCAGGAGAAGAUUAAAGAACUGAAGGCUGAGAAGAAUGAGCUUCGGGAUGAAAAGCAGAGGCUAAAGGGUGAGAAGGAAAAGCUGGAGCAACAACUGAAGACUGUGAAUACCCAAGCUAGCUUCAUGCCACCUCCUACCAUGCCUGCACCAUUUGCUGCUCAGGGUCAAGCACCUGGGAACAAGUUGGUACCCAUCAUCAGUUACCCUGGAGUUGCCAUGUGGCAGUUUAUGCCUCCUGCUGCUGUUGAUACCUCACAGGAUCAUGUGCUUCGCCCACCAGUUGCCUAAGCCAGAGGCUAAAGGCUUCCAACUGCAAGCAAGUGCUUAGAUGGACUUCAAUUUAAUGUAGCUUGGCAUAGUGCUUCCAACUUUGUGGUCUAGUUCUUAAUUUAGCUUGGCAUUUCACGACUGUAAUAGUUUUUGCUCGACAAUGUAACUGGAUUUGGUGGAUUGCUAAAGACUCUCGUUUCCUUGAAAUUUAA